CAGAGCCCAAUGCCGGCUCAGUCUCAGUUUACAGCUUCGCAGCCAGCACGGUCUAGCCAGGUGUCAAGACUUCUUAUAAUCAUCAUUAUCAUCGGCAGCAAUUCGAUAUGUCCAUAACAAGGGCGUUAAUAGCGCUGCUGUUCUUCUGUUAUCGGCUGCAGACAUGUCUGGCCAAUUGCGAUGGACGCUGUGUGCGCAGUCCUUCGUCCGGGCAGCUAUUCCGCUUCAUACCCGUGCGCCUGUACACGCCGGAGCAGCUGGAGGAGCAGGCGGAACGGCUGGUGCGCCAGCCACGCCAGCAGCAAAUCGUGCAGGAGGUGAUUGUCGAGAACAAUUUCGGGGGUCUGGGCCCGGGCGGUUUUGGCGGUCCACCGUUUGGUGGUCUGCCGCCUUUCGGUGGCCCGCCAUUUGGCGCCGGAUCCGGUUUUGGUCGUGGCGGCUUCGGACGCGGCGGCACAGUUGGUGGCUUUAGCAGCGGCUUCAGCGGUGGCUUUGGCGGCGGCUUUAGCAGCGGCUUUGCACGCAGCUACGCGCCAACCGAGCAGCCAGAGCCACCAGCCGUUCCAGCCAAGUGCAAUGCGCCCAGCGCCCAGGCGGCCAGCAUUCGGGCGCCGCCCUGUGCCAAGAGCUAUGUAUUCUCCUGCGACGCGGUACUGAAGCCAGUGCCCUGUGCGGCGCCAGAUGGCAAUUGUGGCUAUUGAGAGACCAAAGGACUGUUUUUUUUAUAUCUAUAAAUAAAACUGAAUGUUAAGAAUAA